AUGGAACUGAAAAUUGACCAUGAGCUUGAUGAAUCUAAAGAUAGGUGUGAAGAUAUUAAAGCAAUAAGGUUUUUAGUUAUAAUACUGUCUGUAGUAGUAAUAAUUCUAGUUGUAUUAGCAUUAAGUUUUAGUGAUCCAAAACUUAGUAGUAAUUUUUAUUCAGGAAAGAAUCAAGAGGAAAUAAAUAAAGAAGAGGAUAUUAAUUUAGAAAGAAGUAAGUCUAUGAUUAAUAAUGAUUCAUAUGAAAGCAGUAAUAAUGAAAAUCCUUAUUUUAAAACAAGUUCUGAAUCAGAUUCAUAUUCAAUUAAAUCUGAAAAAAGUGAAUUUGAAGUAAUAUCAAAAAAUGGAAAUCCUUCUAAUUCAGAAUUUGAGUUACAAAAUAAAGAGGAUGAACUAGAAACCCAAGAUGAUAAAGAUGGUAAAUUACAAAAUGAAGAAAAUCAAGAUGGUAAAUUAGAAAUUCAAGAUGAUAGAUUACAAAAUGAAGAAUGUAAAGAAAAAAAUCAAGAAGGUGAACUGGAAAAUCAAUUAACGUAUGUUGGUAUAAAAACUGAAGAAGCUCAUUAUAAGAAAUUAGGAAGUGAACACUCAACUUUUCAUCAACCUUUAUCUCUCUUAGAUGAAAAGUUAGAAAAUUCAUUAGAAAGAAAUAAUCAAUUUAAUUUAUCUAGUAUUAAUGAAUUAUCAGAAGAUGAAAGAACUGACUUAGAAGAAAGUUUUCCUCAAGAUCUUUCAGUAUCUUCUAAUCAUUCCAGAUCUAAAAUUAAUUUAAAAGAGAUUAGUUUAAAGGAGUUUUCGAGUCUUUGUAAAAAUGUGUUUUCUAUCAUUAAAAUGCUUGCAGUUUAUAACGAAGGACUUUCACCGCCACUGCCUAAUUUUAAUUAUAAAGACUUUCAAAUAGCUAAUGAAAUUAUUACUAUGGCUAAAAAAUUUUCAAAAAAUAAAGAAUUAAAAACUAUUUUAAUGUCGCAAUGUCACUUUGAACUUCUACAAUUGUAUUCAGAAAAAUUUAAAAAUCUAAAAGAUGAUAAUGAGAAAAUAGAACAAUUAAAACAGUUUGUUAAGGAUUAUUCAAAUAAUAAAGAUAGAGAAAAGUUUGAAGAUUUAAACACUUAUUUAAUUGAAAACUACAAUAAUCUUUUAUAA